AUGGCCUACGAUGACAUUUUGCAAUACCUCGGCGGUUUCGGACGGUACCAGCGGCGUAUCUACGUGUUGCUAUGUCUACCGGCAAUCUCCUGUGCGUUCCACAAGUUGGCCGGCGUGUUCCUUCUCGCGGCACCCGACUACCGGUGCCGGUUACCGUACGAGCUAGCGAAUGCUUCCUACCCAUUGCCGAACGACCGGCUCCACUUGGCCUACCCGAUUGACACGCUUACGAACAAGUACUCCACGUGCAACUAUCUCGAUGCGAACUUUACCGAUGCAUACUGGGCCGGUGGAACGCCUGCGGCCGGGGUGCGUCCGUGCGAUCACUGGGUGUACGAUCGCAGCAAGUUCGAAAGCAGUACCGUCACCGAAUGGGACAUGGUGUGCGAUCGCAGCUGGCUCCGUGCCUCGGCCGACUCGCUGUUCAUGGUCGGCGUAAUGUUGGGCAGCAUUGGAUUCGGAUAUCUCUCGGACAAGUACGGCCGGAAGCCAAUCUUUUUUGCCUCGCUCGUGCUGCAGGUGAUCUUUGGCGUGCUGGCAGGCAUUGCGCCCGAAUUCUUCACGUACACGCUGGCCCGCAUGGUAGUGGGCGCAACCACGUCCGGCGUUUUUUUGGUGGCGUAUGUAAUCGCCAUGGAAAUGGUGGGCCCGAGCGAUCGUCUGUAUGCCGGUGUUGUGUGUAUGAUGUUCUUUUCCGUCGGGUACAUGCUGACGGCCGGUUUCGCGUACUUCAUUCACGACUGGCGAAUGCUUCAGAUAGCAUUAACGGUACCCGGUGUACUGUUCCUAUGCUACUGGUGGUUCAUCCCAGAAUCGGCCAGAUGGUUGCUAUCGAAUGGGCGCCCAACGGAGGCCAUCACGUUGAUCGAGAAGGCUGCUCGCAGCAAUAAGCUGACGGUACCGCAGGAAGCACUCGACAAGCUGCUGGAGGAAGACAAAGUCCAGCAGCAGGAUGAUUCGAACGAGCCGAAACCUUCGCUGCUGGAUAUCUUCAAGUAUCCCAACUUGCGCCGCAAAGCGAUGCUCAUCUUUUUCGACUGGUUCGUGAACAGUCUCACCUACUACGGACUGUCCUGGAACACGAACAAUCUCGGCGGCAACCCGUUGCUUAACUUUGUCAUCAGUGGUGCGGUAGAAAUUCCGGCCUACUCGUUCCUGCUGCUCACACUCAACCGCUGGGGUCGGCGGACGAUCCUGUGCGGUUGCAUGAUCUUCGCGGGCACGAUGCUCCUGACCACGAUGAUCGUACCUUCGUCGCAGCAGUGGCUAAUCGUGGUGCUGGCAAUGCUCGGCAAGAUGGCCAUUACCUCGAGCUACGGUACGGUGUACGUGUUCUCGGCCGAACAGUUCCCGACGGUUAUCCGUAACGUGGCACUUGGCGCAUCGUCCACGAGUGCACGUGUCGGUGGCAUACUGGCACCGUACUUCAAUCUGCUCGGUGACUACUGGCAACCGUUGCCGCUGCUCAUCUUCGGUGCGCUUGCAUUCGUCGGCGGUGUGCUGUCACUGUUGUUGCCGGAAACGCACAACCAAAAGCUACCGGAAACGAUAGCGGACGGGGAAAACUUUGGUAAACAGAAAACGAUACCGGAUGGAGACGCUGGAACCGUUGGUAACAUCGUUGUUGGUGCUGAUCGUGAUGUCGAGCGUACUGCGGAGGAACUGCAAGUGCUUAGUAAACCGGAACCGGAAGGUGAAGAUACGGCGGCAGAUGCUUUGAAAGGAGAGGAAGCAAAACAAAAGUAUUGA